GAUCCCAAUUCCCAACUCAUUCAAACCUCUAACGGCUCCUUGGACUCCUUCAAAACACAGUGACAGAGGGAAACUGUGUUGUCUUUCCACUGUGGUUGGGAAUGCAAUCAGAGACAGAACAACAAUCAUGGAGACUUCACGUCACUGCCAAAGCCAACAAAUUCAACUUCAGACUCAGAUUCGCCGCCGCAACUCACAGAUACAGACCCACUUGGAACCUCUCCUUCUUCCGCAUUUCCAUUCUCCUCAAGCUUCCUAAAUUCGCCUUAAGAAUCAAUUCACACCCCACAAACCCAACACGCGGACGAGGAUUCUUUGCAACCAAAUUCACCAAAAUUCUCCACAGACUUCGACCUCGGUUGCCCAAAAAGAAGGAAUCAAAUGCUCCAUGUCUGAAGGUUAAUGAUCCAAUUCGUAGUGGCUUUUGGAUUAUGGGGAUUCUAGCAUUUCUGGCUCAAAGGGGAAUCGGGAUGCUUGCUUCUGUGGGGUCUUUGUUGCUUUUGUUCAGGAAAUUGAAGAUAGCAAAGCUUGUGAAUUUAGUAACAUUCUUCUUAGUGGUGGUGGGAACAAUAUUUUAUUACCUGUUUGAUUAUAAUUUAGAUUAUAGUUAUAAUAAUUAUUGGCAGUACAUGAGAAGGUCAUGGAGUAAAAUGGUUAGUCUCUAGUGUAUAUGUGUUCAUGUUCGUGAAGAAGGUUUUUAUGCUGUGUAUGUUGUGUUUCUGUCAUUGAUUCACAGAUCUGAUGUUCUUUUCAUUGAAUAUGGAUUUCAAAUUAUUUAUUUUUCCUUGCAA